UUCUAUGAUGUACAGUAUCUAGCCAGAACUAGAAGGAAGAGGAAGCCAAUUCGCUAGACGUGCCUAAAUCUUCGAGGACGAGGACGAGGAGGGAGAAGAAGAAGAAAAUGGCGAUGCAGGCGAAGAUAGAGAAAAUGGAGAUGCGUCAGCAGUAUCGGAACCAUUGGCACACCGAUCUCUUGAACGCCACUGCGGCAGAUCCUGUUUUUUGCUGUUUCGCGUUCUUCUGUGGUCCAUGUGCAUCAUACAUGCUGCGCAAGCGAGCUCUUUACAAUGAUAUGUCGAGGUAUACAUGCUGUGGAGGCUAUAUGCCUUGCAGUGGUCAUUGCGGAGAAAGUACAUGCCCGGAAUUUUGUCUAUGCACUGAGGUUUCUCUUUGCUUUGCGAAUUCAGUUGCCUCAACACGCUUCAUGCUACAAGAUGAAUUCGAUAUACAGACAACCAAAUGUGAUAAUUGCAUCAUUGGAUUCAUGUUCUGCUUACAGCAGCUAGCCUGCAUAUGUUCCCUCAUCGCUUGCAUUGUCGGAAGUGAGGAAAUUGAAGAUGCUGCUCAGAUGUUGAACUGUCUGGCUGACAUGGUUUAUUGCUCGGUUUGCACCUGUAUGCAGGUAUACAUGAGAUGCUCUAGUCUUUGAAAUUGGC